UAUUAAGCAAUACGUGUUAGGUGCAUGGCCUAUAUAAAUGAUAGGCGACAUAGCCAAAGUAUAGAAGAAAAUCACAAAAGUAUAAUGGGGAAAGUGGAGAUUGUUCUUAAUUCACUUCCUAUGAGUGGAGGAGAUGGUCCGAACAGCUACUCUAAGAAUUCUCAUUUGCAGAGAAGAACAACAAGUUUGGUGAAAGAGACAAUAGACAAAUUGAUAUUAGAGAAACUCAAUGCAAAAACCCUAAUCUCUGACUCCAACACAUUCCACAUAGCCGAUCUUGGUUGUGCAACAGGACCAAACACAUUCUUUCUCGUUGACGACAUCAUCAAAUCCGUUGAAACCAGCUUAAGAAAAUCAAACUCCUCAAAACCAGAGUUUCUUGUCUUCUUCAACGACCUCCCACAAAACGACUUCAACACUCUCUUCACAUCUCUCCCUCAAGACCGGAGUUACUUCGCGGUCGGGGUCCCGGGUUCGUUCUAUGGCCGUGUUCUUCCUCAAUCCUCCGUUCAUAUGGUAGUGACAGUUGGGGCCACACAUUGGCUAUCGAGUGUUCCGAAGGAGGUGUUGGACAAACCCUCCAAGGCGUGGAAUAAAGGCAAGGUUCACUACUCAAAUGCCGCGGAGGAAGUUGUGAAGGCUUAUAGGGAUCAGUUUGGUCGGGACAUGGAGAAGUUUCUAGAAGCUAGAGCUAAAGAAAUAGUAAGUGGAGGUCUUUUGGUUGUUGGAAUGUGUGGGAUACCUAAAGGAAUGCCUUUCUCCAAUCUUGCCGACAGUAUCAUGUAUACGUCCAUGGCUGAUGUUCUCACUCAAAUGCAAUCCCAGGGUUUGAUCAGCGAAGAGCAAGUCGAUACCUUUAACAUACCUAUAUACUCGGCAUCGCCUGAGGAGGUAACAGUCUUGGUCGAGAAAAAUGGAUGCUUCACUGUCGCAUCGAUGGAGCUGAUGAACCCCACGGCCUGGCUCAAACGGCCAAUGAACGUGGAGGAUGUUAGGCAUUGGAUGGUUUGCAUAAAGGCCACAAUGGGAUCUCUCUUCAUCAACCAUUUCGGUGAACAUCUCCUUGACGAAAUCUUCGACCGUCUCACCGCAAAACUUGUUGGACUCACCGAGAAGAUUGAAUCUAGCUACCGUGAGAAGGUCAUGUUGUUCUUUGCGUUGCAACGAAAAUAAAAUUUUAUUUGGCAAGUUUUUUGUAUGUGAUUUUAACCAAAAAAAAAAGUUUUAUGUAUGUGUUUUUUUCGUUUAGUGAUUUUGAUCGGUUUAAUCCGGGCUAGGAUCAAGCCAUCAAGGGUAUAGUUUGUUGUGAUUAUUAAUUACAAGGUUUUUUUGUUAUUGUUAUAGUAUGUUUUUUACGUUACUCAGUUCGAAUAAAUCUCAUUAAUAUAAGUAUAUUACUUUUUGAACCAAAAUGAUCCUUUCAUGUUCAUUUACACACGAAAAUUCAUUAAAAACUAAUCAGUUUUGGGUAAAAUUCAUUUAGAAAGAAUCUGUCGCAAAAUUUGUCCAUACGAAAUUGAUGUAUAAUAUUCAUACAUUGGGUAAUCUCGACGUAGUUAGUUAAUCGAUCGAAAUACUCUUAUCAUCUAGAGAGUUGUACAGUACUGUAUACCUAUCGUAAUCUCAACAUGUUGUCGACCUAUAUAUCGUAAUUAGAAUAAUGUGUUUGUAUAAGUUGUUGUAAUGCCAACAAAAUAUAGUAAGUGGUCCCAUAGCAAGAAAAAAAGAGUAGGUGGUCCACAAUAUAUUUUUAGUUGACUAUAUUAGUCUAGUAAACAUCUACAAAAAUUAAUAUAUGCAAGUAAAACCAGAAAUAAAGGAGAAUAAUUAUGCAUCAUAUUUGAUUAAACAAAUAGUAAAAGUGUUAAUAACGCUGAGAGUGAAGAGAUAAAUGGCUGUUGGGUGAAAUAUAAAGACAAUUGUUGUUCGAAAAUUAUAAGUAUUAGGUGAAUAUCCGACA